UAUUUUGAUAGGCACAGUGUUAGUUCGGCUCCUGUCAGCGUCGCUGAAGAGGACGAAAGUGACCUACUGUGAUAAAAACAUAAUGCGUGCUUUCCAAGUUUUAGUAGUGGUUGCGGCUUUUGUCGCUAUAAACGCGGGCUACAUUGGCUACGCUGAUGCAGGGUAUGGAGGGCUACAAGCAUACUCUGAUGGAGGAUAUCAAAGAGCGGAGGAAGGACAUGCCGAUUAUUACGCUUAUCCCAAAUAUGCCUACGACUAUUCCGUAAGUGAUCCCCAUACUGGAGAUCACAAAUCCCAGUGGGAGUCUCGCGAUGGUGAUGUUGUUAAAGGUGCAUAUACAUUAGCCGAACCAGAUGGCACCACUCGUAUAGUGGAGUAUACCGCUGACAAGCACAACGGAUUCAAUGCAGUCGUCAAGAGAAUCGGACACGCUCAACACCCACAAGUCUACAACACCCACAAUGAUGGUGCUGGUUACUACGGAUAUCACUAGAUGGCGCUAUUACAAAAUAAAUGUUAGCCUCAAUACAAAUGGCGCUAUACAAAAAUCGACAAACUUCGCAUAGGUAGCGCUAAAUCGUUGCCAGCGAUAUACAAUCAAUUGAUACUUAUAAUAUGUAAAUAUUCCUGCUAUCUAAUACCUAUUUAUUCUUGUUAGCAUGUAAGAUUUCGACGGUAAAAUUUUUACUGUUUGUAUUUAAACCAAAACAAAAUAUAUAUUUUGUAAAA